AGGGGGGGCUCCUGGAUAUAUGGUUUUGUGAUGAAGCCGCCGGCUACAAAGACUGGAUCCUGUUUCUGCGAACAGACAGAAGAGCGCCGAGACUGAGGAGGACAAGUAGCUGAAGUAGCGCGCCAGGAGAAGAAAAUUCGCCGUUGAGCUGUGGUCACUGUACGCGUAAAGAUCGGAAUAAAAUUACAGUGAACGGAGUUAAGCUACAACAGUAUUUCGUUGGAUCGUAGUUGCCAGUAUCGUUUGAAUGAAAGCUGCUUCAUUUCAAAACUAGCUCAGAGAUCCUGUUUUAAAGACAUUUACGUACCUGGGAUCGUAUUUGCUGUGUAUUUUUCUGUGGAUUUGCAAAGUGACAUUUAACUUGGGAUACGCAAACGAAACUGUUCUUUUAUAAAAUCGAUGGGUAUAUUUUUUAUUCUUCUGUUUAUUUAUUCCUAUUUGAAUUGACAAAGACUUCAUAAUAUUUAAACGUUACUUUUGCUGGGGUGGAAGAUAUCUUAAACAGCAGACUUUAUUUUAAAGUACGAUGGAUCUGUUUUGAGGAUUUACCCGGCGCUCUGAAGGAGUACGUUUUAGGAGCGAGCAUUUCAACUUUAUGCAGGUCAGCUGUACUAAUUAAUGAGCCAAAUUCAAAAACAACAUUUGGAAUUAUUUCUAUGAAAUAAAAAGAACAAAACUUUCACUUUUAAAAAGAGGAAAGGGAAUCAACGUAGUACUUGGAGCCAAAGAGAGACGCUGCUUUGACUUCCCUGUUAUGUUCCAUACCUGAUCUGGACAGUCAGUUCUUAUUGUGUUUUCCAGCUAAAGUGCCUAGGAUGAGUGGAGUUGCUUUUGUGUCUCUGCGGCUGGCUGUGUCCUGGCCAGCACUGUUCUUGGCAUGGACCUCUGCCACAUCUUCUUCUUUGCCUUCAGGAUCCACAGCCAACACUUGCACUACUUUGGUACAAGGAGAGUUUUUUGGCUACUUCUCUUCAUCUUCUGUCUUCCCUGCUACGAACAAUGGUGGCUUAGCUUCCCAUUGUUCCUGGAUCAUCCAGAACCCUGACCCACGGCGCUACACUCUUUUCAUGAAGGUUUCUAAGCCCACCACUGCUUGCGAUCCUCGGCUGGUCAGAACUUUUCAGUUUGAUUCCUUUCUAGAGACAACCCGCACCUACUUGGGAAUGGAGAGUUUUGAUGAAGUCCUCAAGCUCUGUGACAUAUCAACAAGGUAUGCUUUCCUGCAGUCUGGCAAACAGUUUCUGCAGAUGAAGAAAGUCCUGCCAAGGGAUGGUUCCUCUUUGAGCAUUGAAGGAGACGGCGAGUUCUCAGCUGAAUACUUGGUGGUGGGUAACAGAAAUCCCAGCAUGCCAGCCUGCCAGAUUCUUUGUAAAUGGGUAGAGAGCUGCCUGGCUUCCAGCACUGCGUCUCGACCCUGUGGCAUCAUGCAGACACCCUGUCAGUGCUGGGACAGUCCCGUGAAGAAACAGGAUGGUUGCAUUCGGGGAGGUAUCUUUCUGGAGAAUUGCAUUCCCAGUUUAAAAGAGAGCAACAGGGAUGCCGAGAUCGUGGGUGGCUGGAGCGUAUGGUCCAAAUGGGAAGAGUGCAACAGGGACUGUGGUGGAGGGGUGCAAACUCGCAGCCGUGUCUGUCAAGCUUCUCCCAAAGAAGGUUUCCUCUGUGAGGGGACGGUGGAGGAAGGCCAGCCCUGCAAUUUGCACCCAUGUACACCCAAGGGGCAUUACAACUCCCGAAGCCAGUCGCUGCGUUCUGUUGACAGCCGAAAGCGGGAUGAGCUGGAGGAGGUGCAGCGCUUUGGAUACCUUUCCCCUCAAACAGUGGACCCAGCAGCAGAAGAGUGGUCCCCCUGGAGCGUUUGCUCCACCACCUGUGGCGAGGGCUGGCAGACUCGAACACGCUUCUGUGUCUCGUCUUCUUAUAGCACCCAGUGCAGUGGGCCCCUGCGGGAGCAGCGGCAGUGCAACAAUUCUGCUGUCUGUCCAGCUGCUCUGAUUGCAGUGCAUGGGGCCUGGGACGAAUGGUCACCCUGGAGCUUGUGUUCUUCAACCUGUGGGCGGGGCUACAGAGACCGUACCCGCACCUGCAAGCCACCACAGUUUGGGGGCAACUCCUGUGAUGGACCUGAGAAGCAAACCAAGUUCUGCAACAUCGCUUUGUGUCCAGUUGAUGGAAAUUGGAACGAGUGGUCAAGUUGGAGUUCAUGCUCAGCCUCCUGUUCAAAUGGCACACAGCAAAGGAUCCGAGAAUGUAAUGGGCCUUCCUAUGGGGGUGCUGAGUGCCAGGGCCACUGGGUAGAGACCAGAGAUUGUUUUCUUCGCCAAUGUCCAGUGGAUGGGAAAUGGCAACUCUGGAGCUCAUGGGGGAGCUGUUCCAAGACUUGUGAUGGUGGCCAGCAGCAGAGGCAAAGGGUUUGCUAUGGACCUUUCUUUGGUGGAGAACCAUGUCCAGGUCCUCGGGAUGAGCUGAGACUUUGCAAUGAGAAGCGUUGUCCAGAACCACAUGAGAUCUGCGAGGAGGAGAAUUAUGCCAAGGUGGUGUGGAAAAGAACAGCAUUUGGAGAAGUGGCUGUUGUGCGCUGCCCGCUCAAUGCCUCAGGUCUGAUUCUCCGAAAGUGCACCCUGGAUGAUGAUGGUGUAGCCUACUGGGAGCCACCCACCUACAUGAAGUGCGUCUCAAACGACUACAGAAAUAUUCAGAUCAUGACAAGGGAACAUCUCUCAAAGGCUCAGAGGGGUCUGGUGGGAGAUGGAGUGUCUGAAGUUAUCAGAAACCUGAAGGAGAUUUCUCAAGAUGGAACCAGUUACAGUGGAGACCUCCUGGCCACAAUGGAUGUCCUCAAAAACCUGACAGAGAUCUUUAGAAAAGCUUACUAUAGCCCCAAUGCAGGGGACCUUGAGAACUUUGUGAAGAUUAUUAGCAAUUUACUGUCCGAAGAGAACCGUGAUCGAUGGGAGGAGGCACAACUAUUGGGCCCUAAUGUGAAGGAACUUUUCCGUCUCGUGGAAGAUUUCAUUGAUGUCGUUGGAUUUCGAACGAAGGGUUUCCAAGAUUCUUAUCAAGUUACAGAAAAUUUAGUGCUAAGUAUCCAUAAGCGGUCGGCAAAUGGCGCUACUGACAUCAGCUUCCCGAUGAAAGGCUGGCGAGGGAUGGUGGACUGGGCAAGGAACUCCGAGGACAAAGUCACAGUGUCCAAGAGCAUUUUCUCCACAGGGGCGCCAGAGGCAGACGACACCUCAAUUUACGUGGUUGGUAUUGUUUUGUACAAGAACCUAGGAGGCAUUCUUGCUUUGCAAAGAAACAGCACAAUUCUAAACUCAAAGGUUGUCACAGUGACUGUCAAGCCAACUCCAAGCAGCCUGCCUAUUCCUCUGGAGAUCGAGUUUUCCCAUCUUUAUAAUGGUACCACAAACUACACCUGUAUUUCCUGGGAUGAAUCAGAGGUCAGCUCGCCGCUCGGAGCCUGGUCGACCAGAGGUUGCAGAGCAGUGCCGCUCACUUCGUUCCGGACCAAAUGUAUCUGUGACAGACUCUCCACCUUCGCCAUUUUAGCACGGCUCAACCCUGACACGAUCAUGGACAAGGUGUUGCUGCCUUCUGUUACCCUAAUUGUUGGCUGUGGAGUUUCAUCUCUCACUCUACUACUUCUUAUUAUCAUUUAUGUUUCUGUGUGGAGGUACAUCCGGUCUGAACGUUCUGUUAUUCUCAUCAACUUCUGCCUAUCGAUUAUUUCUUCCAAUGCCUUAAUUCUUAUUGGACAAACCCAGACUAGGAACAAGGUGGUCUGUACUUUGGUGGCAGCCUUUCUGCAUUUCUUCUUCUUGUCCUCAUUUUGCUGGGUACUGACUGAGGCAUGGCAGUCAUACAUGGCAGUCACAGGCAGACUGCGAAACCGCAUUAUCAGAAAACGCUUUUUGUGCCUUGGCUGGGGUUUGCCUGCUCUUGUAGUUGCAGUGUCAGUGGGCUUUACCAAGGCUAAAGGUUACGGAACAAUGAACUAUUGUUGGCUAUCUUUGGAAGGUGGUCUGCUCUAUGCCUUUGUGGGACCAGCAGCUGCAGUUGUUUUGGUGAACAUGGUUAUUGGAAUUCUGGUUUUUAACAAACUUGUUUCCAAAGAUGGAAUAACUGAUAAGAAACUGAAGGAGCGGGCAGGUCAGAUGACAGUCCCUCUGUACAGUAUGACGCUCAAAUGUACCAGGUGCGGAGUAGUCUCAUCAGCUGAUGCGCCCUCCACAGCCACCAGUAAUGCCAUGGCCUCACUGUGGAGCUCUUGCGUGGUCCUGCCACUGCUCGCACUAACCUGGAUGUCAGCAGUGUUAGCCAUCACUGAUCGUCGCUCUGCACUAUUCCAGAUCCUGUUUGCUGUCUUCGAUUCUCUUGAAGGAUUUGUAAUUGUCAUGGUUCACUGCAUCCUGAGGCGAGAGGUGCAAGAUGCAGUAAAAUGCAGAGUAGUGGACCGCCAAGAGGAGGGAAAUGGAGACUCUGGUGGAUCAUUUCAAAAUGGACAUGCCCAGCUUAUGACUGACUUUGAAAAGGAUGUUGACAUAGCAUGCAGAUCAGUUCUGAACAAGGACGUCUUCUCAUGCCGAUCAAACUCCAUCAUAGGCACCCUCAAGCGGUCUUCUCUGCAAGGAGAUGAGAAAAUAACAGCACAACAGCUCAGUCACCAAAAGGGGUCAAAUUUCAACAGCCUCCCUGCCAACAUGACCAAGAUGCAUCUGCAAAAUAUGACAGAUUAUGCCAGCCAUACACUAACUCUGAAAAAAGACAAGAAUAGUGGUGAAAUGCCAUCUGCCAAGUCUAUCUAUGUAUGUGAUGGUGACCUCUUUAAGCAGCUUGAUGUUGACAUGGCUAGAAAGCAGUUGGACAGUUCUGCACCUGAGAACAGCAACUAUGUACUAAUGCCUAAUAACACUUCCACACUGCGAGCCAAACCCAAAGAAGAUCCAGCUAAGUUCAAUAUUAGCAUUGACCAGCUCCCUCAAACUAGACUGAUCCACUUGAAUACAUCUGCUGGGGAGCAAGUGGCUGGCUUUGGGCUGAAGACCUUGCCAACAGAUCGCAUUAGUGUGUCUUGCUCUGAAAGAGAUUCUCCUGUGCAAAAUGUCCAGAAUAUAUCCAGUGAGUCACAGAUGACCAACAGUUGUGAUGCUGCAGACUCUGGGAAUUCAGGAAUGAUGUCAAAGAGCGAGACUGUCUCCACACUUUCCAUGAGCUCUUUAGAGAGGCGAAAGUCACGGUAUGCUGAAUUAGAUUUUGAGAAAAUUAUGCAUACUAGGAAACGCCACCAAGACAUGUUCCAAGACUUGAACAGGAAACUCCAGCAUUCAGAGAAAGAGAGAGAAUCGCCUCCUGUGGAUGGCAAGUCUGUAAAACGAUGGAGUGUUUCUUCAGGAGGAAGCGACAAGACCAACCACAGUCAAGAGAAACAGCAAACACCGAAUAAACGAGCCUGGGAAGGCAUUCGGAAGACACAUUCUCCUCCAUCAUGGGUUCGCAAGGACCUUGAGACUUUACAGGCGUCUCCACUGGAGAUGAAAUCAGUGGAAUGGGAAAAGGCUGUGGCCACUCUUCCCCUUGUUGGCCAAGAAAUCAUAGAUCUGCAGACUGAAGUCUGACCCGUGGCAACUCUCAGAAGAAUUUUCUGUUCUUAUGAUUUUGCUUUUCUUUAAAAAGAAAGUUGCCUUUGAAAUUACGGCUCCAAUAGUGAUACUGUUUCAUAGCGGGAGAUGUGUUUUUGUACAAGAGAAGGAUCUACUCUCUCUUUUGGCUUGGAAAUGUGACAGCUCUGCUAUAGGAAUUGUCUGAAACAGAUCUCUUUGAGAGAAGAAAGCAGAUGAGAUACCUUCCAAGGUUCCACUACUUUUAUGUAUGACCUGUUAACUUCAGUGCUUGUUGAAAAUGUGAAUAAGUCAGUCUAUUAUCAACAGAGCCAAAAUGAGAAAGAGGAGAAGCUUUGGCAGAAGAGCACUGGUAGCCCAGUAGACUCAGGCUCUCUGGGACUGAAGCAGCAGCAGUAGCAACAAGUGGCAGCCACAUAUAACAUGCCUUCACUCUCAGUCAAGACGUACAGCCAAAGGUACGCACUGUCUUGUGACUUGUGAUUGGAUAUUAACUUUGGAGGUAAACCAUAAUUUCAGAUUUACCAGGCAGCUGAAGCCCCCUACUUUCCAUCACCAGUGGAUCAUUGCCACAGAGAACCCAGCCCAGGAUUGGCCCCUCACCCUUACUGACUGGAUAAUAAAUGGCUUCAGUUUGGCCAACAGUAAAUAUAUGGACAAACACCUUGCAUGAAGAAACAGAUCUCAGAGAGAAACUGUAAGAGUGGCUAGUUACCUCCAGUUACUCACAUGAUACAAGAGCAGAAGAAACAACCCGGAGAACAGGCACAGUCUGUCAUAACAAGAUGGGUGAAGUUCAUAACUUCCUCUGCCUAAGGAUGGUCUUUAGAGCCACUAGAAGCCAUAAGCCAAUGUAAGUCAAGAGUAUUGUUCCCAUUACUUUCAGAUUGCUUCAGAAAAAGUCAGUGUAGGUCAGGGGCAGAAACCUGGAAGGCCAGUUAUUUUCCACUUGGUGAAUGGGAAUGGUACAAACAAACAGACUGUUACCUAAUCUUUGCCACUUCAGCUCAAGACUGGAUCUUGCGAAUCACCUGCAAGGCACAAAUGGACACAGGGAAGCCAAAUACUCAGCCUUCUUGCAGUGUGUCCUGUGCAGUGGCUUUGAGGUCCUCACACCUCUAGAAAUGAACUAUAACAACCUUUCACUAAUAGACUGAGAAAUAGAAUUAUAGAAAUAUAUAUAUAUAUAUAUAUAUAUAUAUAUAUAUAUAUAUAUAUAUAUAUAUAUAUAUAUAUAUAUAUAUAUUUCAAAGAGUCUUAUUGGAAUCAAGUGAAAAGAUUUGAUCUGUUGGUUGCUUGAUAUACAAGCAUAUUGCAUUCAUAAUUUUAAUAAUAAUGGCAUAUUUUUGUCAUGUUGUGUAUUAUAGAAAAUGAAGUUUUAAAAAUUUCCAAAUGGUAGACAGAACAAAAUAAAUACUUAUAUAUAAAUAUAUAAAAACUGUGAUAAAUUUGUCAGAGUUUUGUUUGCACAUGAAUGAAAGCACAAGGCCCCCAGGUGCCCUGUUGUACAUUAUUGUAAUUACAGAAUCACACAGAAUGAAUUUUAUCUGAUAAAUAUCUUUAUACUGUGCUGCAGGUUAUUAUUUUUUUGUUAGUUUUUGUUUUCAUUUUUUUUUUCAAUUUUGCUUAUUUCUUGUAAACACUGUAAUAAUGUGAGUUUUAUUAUCAGUGUCAACAUAUUCUCUUCUACCUUUCCAACUUGAACACCUGAGUUCAUCUGAAUUUUUUCAUCUAUUUUUUAUUUCUUUGUUGGUUUGUGUACAAUUUUCAGAGCACAAGAUGAAUGUGUCAUUUCUAAUAAAACAAAAUUCUAUAAAUUAA